GGGCCAUGGAAGACUGGAGGGACCCCUGCGGCUGUUGUGGACCGAAGCCAGAGAGGGACUGGGGGCAGAGGACAGGCAGAAGUUGGGCAGGUCGGUGCCCGCAGGGCCAAGUCCGCAGCAGUGGGUGGAGGCGGAUGUCGCAAGAGGUGGCCUGGGUUCCUUUUAGGGCCUCCUGGGGCCAGGGGAAGGAGGGAGGGAAGCCUGGCCCCUGCCUGGUCUCAGCCGGAUAGAAGGCGGGGCUCCUGGCCGCACCCCCAAAGGGGUGCCGCGGACAUUCUUGCCCCCGGGGCCAGGCAGCUCGGCCAGCAAGCGGCCCGCACUCAGCCGUGCCACCCUGUUUUCCAUGGGCCCUGCAGGCGACUUCGUGCAGCUGCCGGUGCCCGUCAUCCAGCAGCUCUACCACUGGGACUGCGGCCUGGCCUGCUCCAGGAUGGUGCUGCGGUACCUGGGCCAGCUGGACGACGCUGAGUUCGAGAGGGCCCUGCAGGAGCUGCAGCUCACCAGGAGCAUCUGGACCAUCGACCUGGCCUACCUGAUGCGCCGCUUCGGUGUGCGACACCGCUUCUGCACCCGGACGCUGGGCGUGGACAAGGGCUACAAGAACCAGUCCUUCUACAGGAAGCACUUUGACACAGAGGAGACCCGGGUGAACCAGCUGUUUGCACAAGCCAAGAGCUGCAAGGUGCUGGUGGAGAAGUGCAGGGUGAGCGUGCAGGACAUCCAGGCCCACCUGGCGCAGGGCCACGUGGCCAUCGUGCUGGUGAACUCGGGCGUGCUGCGCUGCGACGCCUGCUCCAGGCCCCCCAAGUACUGCUGCUUCACGCCCGGCGGGCCCCGCUGCUUCUGCCGCUCGCCCGACUACCAGGGCCACUUCAUCGUGCUGCGCGGCUACAGCCGGGCCGCCGGCUGCAUCUUCUACAACAACCCGGCAUACGCUGACCCAGGAAUGUGCAGCGCCAGCAUCAGCAACUUCGAGGAGGCCAGGACCAGCUACGGCACGGACGAGGACAUCCUUUUCGUCUACGUGGACAGCUGACGGCGGGAGCCCGCUAUGCCCUGCCCUGUCCCUGGAGGCCUGGGCCCUGGGCUCGGACGAGGCGCCGCAUCCCUGCUGGCUGUUGACGUCAUCCCCUGGGCCUGAGGCCAGCUCUGCUGCGCUCAGGACAUCCACCCCCACGGGCACGCCGGAGCCCAUCUCCCCACAGACCCAGGACCCAGCCCCGAGAGAGACGCUGCGGGUCUGUUUGUGUGGAGACAGUAGCCAGCCUGGGCCCCGGGGCUGUGCCGGCUCCAGCCUCCUUGGGAUCUGAAAGGCAGUUGCCGCCCUGGGCCUGCCACCCCGCCCCUGCCCCGGGGGCCCAGUCCCUGCGGCUGGUGGCCAGGCCCCUGGCCCCUGGGGAGGGCUAGACCUCAGGCAGAAAGCCCUCAGGCCCCUGCGGCCCUCCUUCAAGGGGACACCUGGGCUGUGGGCAGGCCCCUGGCUCCUUCUGGCACCCCGAGGGCCAGGGCCAGCGGCCUGGGCCCCAAAGACGCUCCCCGCCCCCAGUGUGACACCUCCUGCCUCUGAGUGCGGGCAGCCCCACCUCUCAGGGCUGGGUGCUGGGGCCCUGGGCCUGCAGGCCUGAUCGGGCUGGGGGCGGCCUGUGGCUUCCCCCUGACAGAAUGCCGGGUGGUCUGUCUCAGCAGAGGAUCUCACAGCAUGGACCCUCGCGUGGACUAGAGCGGCCUCCUGUUCUUCCUUUUUCAGCCGGGGGAGGUUGGUGUGUGUGUGUGUGUGUGUGUGUGUGUGAGACUUAAGUCUUUUUUUUUAGCCGGGGGAGGGUGUUUUUUUUGAGAUUGAAGUUUUCACUUUUGGCGGGGUGAGACUCAACCUCAAGCAAGACAAUAAUAGUGGGGUUGCAGGUACUUUGGAACCACGGACACCUCUCUUCACGGGCAGAUAAGCCAGGCCAGGGUCUCUUCCAAAGCCAAGGGGACCUGGGGCUGCAGGCAGGCCGGCCUCUCGCCACAGCCAGAACCUGACUCAGGACAGCGGUGGGGCUGCAUCUUGAACCUGGGUCUGUGCCCCUGGAAAAAAAGGGAAAUGGGUAAUUCCCAAAAGGGGUGGGACACCUCCCACCCCUGCCCCGGGCUACCUCUGGCCGGGGGGCCAGGAUGCCCCCGUCAGCCACAACACCGAAGUCUUCGUUGUCUGGUGCCGGAGGCCUGAUGCUGGGGUGGCGGCUGCCCCUUCCCUGGGCUACAGACCACCCAGGACCACCCAGCCGUACAGCUCCUCGACCCGACAGCCUUGACUGACAGGCAGACGCUUCUGGCUAGGCAGCCGCCCUGGGUUCAGAGGCGAGCACUGCCUGCAGGCCCAUCUCGUCCCCGUUGCCUUAACCCUGGGUGGCCCGAGACCCCCGGAGCCCUGGUUCCCACGCCCGGGGGGACCCCACGUGGCAGCUGCAGGCUGGGCGCCCCUGUGAGGGCUCCAGGUGACCCCGGGGAGGGUGGCGGUGUCCAGGGAGGCAUGGACAGAGAGGGGCGGCUGCCCUCGGGUGAGGCCCGUACUCGGGCUGGCGGGGGCUGCCCAGGGAGCGGCCUCCACAGAGAGGCCACAGUGCCUUCGUCCAUCAGAGACGCUGUCCGUGGGGCGGAGGAGCGGGCCUCUCGGGGCAAGCCGCAGGCUAGAGGUCACCCGUCUGGAAGGCUCACAGGAGCUGCCUGCCCCCGGGGCUGACACUGCCUGCCUGGAGGGGUCUCGGGCAGGACACAAACCUCGCCAUCAUGUCCUGUUCACACACAAAUCAUGAAAACGGGGCUGGAGACAGCAGGACUCGGCACGUGACGCCGUGACCCCUUGGCUGCACAAGGGGGGGGCGCGCUGGACCGCUGGCUGUCUCCCCAGCCCGGCGAAAGGGAUCUUUUGCAUCACAGGGAUUUUUAUACGUGUUAACUCGUUUGUAAUGAGCCAUUCUCAAUAAACAUGGUCCUCGCUGAAA